GCUGUCCUUGAACUCACAGAAAUCCACUUGCCUCUGUUCCAAAGAACUGGGAUUAAGGUGUGGGCUUCCAAGCCAAUGAAGAUUACACUUUUUGGAAGUGGACUUUGCUAAUAAAUCACAAUUAUUCUGUGGCUAUGAAAACUCUGGGAAACUCACAGAAACUGCCUAUAGAUUUCUGUUCCCUGCCUCUGUUCUAGGAUAUAGUCUUUCCCUCCCCAGAAUAUCCAGCCAUGGAGAGCUCUUUGAGGUCAGAUUACAUGUUGAGCAUUCACUGUGUUGUAGUACACAGAGCCCAGGGCUUGUAGAGGGCCUCAGAGUAACUUUAACAGGAACACCUCCCCCACCCCCACCCCUGGCUUCUCUUUCUCCUCUGGGCCAGCAUGUAGGGCUCCUCCCUGUCUCUGUGGCUCCUCAUGCUUCUUGAGCAACUCUUCAAGGAUAACGCAUUAGGCAGGUUUGUGAGGUGGGGUGAAGGCCCAGAGGGUUUCCCUUCCCAUGGGCUGGCAGCUCAGGAGACAGGUAUGCCAGGAGAGGUGUGCUUUGUCUGAUCGGAAGGGGAAGAAGCUGGCAGCUUGGCUCUUAGCAGCAUCCCAGCCUUUACCCCGCGGGCCCAACGUGAGGAGUGUGAGGAGCGAGCGGCAUGCGGUGCCCCCUGCCUGGCCAGGUGUCUUUUGACCUGCUGUUGACUGCUCCCAGGGGGCCCUGACGCCCUGGGGCACUUUUGCUCUGCACAGGACCACGCUGGGGUUUGCCAUGGUGACAUAAAGGGGCGUAGAGGAAGGAAGGAACAAGACCAGCCUGUAGACUGUGCCCCUGGCUGGGCAAAAGGGCCAGGGGCCCGGAGCCUUCCCUCCACUGCCCUCAAACGCCUCACUUCCUAAGUCUCUGCAUUUCUCAGUCAGUGGACAGCUUUUGGGACUCUUGUGUGAGGACUUUGGGGGACCAGGCCAGGCUGGGCCUUUGCUGAUUGAGAUCUUGGGAUCCAGAAUGCCUGCCCUGGCGUGCCUCCGGAGGCUGUGUCGGCACCUGUCCCCACAGGCUGUCCUGUUCCUGCUGUUCGUCUUCUGCCUGUUCAGCGUCUUUGUCUCUGCCUACUACCUAUAUGGUUGGAACCGGGGCCUCGAGCCCUCGGCAGAUGCUUCUGAGUCCGACUGUGGGGACCCGCCACCUGUUGCCCCUAGCCGCCUCCUGCCAAUCAAGCCCGUGCAGGCGGUCGCCCCUUCUCGAACAGACCCACUGGUGCUGGUAUUUGUGGAGAGCCUUUAUUCACAGCUGGGCCAGGAGGUGGUGGCAAUCCUGGAAUCCAGUCGCUUCAAGUAUCGGACAGAGAUUGCACCGGGCAAGGGGGACAUGCCCACACUCACGGACAAGGGCCGUGGCCGCUUCGCCCUCAUCAUCUAUGAGAACAUCCUCAAGUAUGUCAACCUGGACGCCUGGAACCGGGAGCUGCUGGACAAGUACUGUGUAGCCUACGGCGUGGGCAUCAUUGGAUUCUUUAAGGCCAAUGAGAACAGCCUGCUGAGUGCACAGCUCAAAGGCUUCCCUCUCUUCCUGCAUUCGAACCUGGGCUUGAAAGACUGCAGCAUCAACCCCAAGUCACCACUGCUCUAUGUGACACGGCCCAGUGAGGUAGAGAAAGGCGUGCUGCCCGGAGAGGAUUGGACUGUGUUCCAGUCCAACCAUUCUACCUACGAACCAGUGCUGUUGGCCAAGACACGCUCCUCCGAGUCCAUCCCACACCUGGGUGCUGAUGCUGGCCUGCAUGCUGCGCUGCACGCUACUGUGGUCCAGGACCUGGGCCUCCACGAUGGCAUCCAGCGUGUGCUCUUCGGCAACAACCUCAACUUUUGGCUGCAUAAGCUUGUCUUCGUGGAUGCUGUGGCCUUCCUCACAGGGAAGCGCCUCUCACUGCCUUUGGACCGAUACAUCCUGGUGGAUAUUGAUGACAUUUUUGUGGGCAAGGAGGGCACACGCAUGAAGGUGGAGGAUGUGAAGGCCCUGUUUGAUACACAGAAUGAACUCCGCACACAUAUUCCAAACUUCACCUUCAACCUGGGCUACUCAGGGAAAUUCUUCCACACAGGUACGGAUGCUGAGGACGCUGGUGACGAUCUGCUGCUGUCCUACGUGAAAGAGUUCUGGUGGUUCCCCCACAUGUGGAGUCAUAUGCAACCCCACCUCUUCCACAACCAGUCUGUGCUAGCAGAGCAGAUGGCCCUGAACAAGAAGUUCGCUGUCGAGCACGGCAUCCCCACAGAUAUGGGCUACGCGGUGGCACCCCACCACUCCGGUGUGUACCCUGUGCACGUGCAGCUGUAUGAGGCCUGGAAGCAAGUGUGGGGCAUCCGCGUGACCAGCACAGAGGAGUACCCACAUCUGAAGCCGGCCCGGUACCGCCGUGGCUUUAUCCACAAUGGCAUCAUGGUCCUCCCUCGGCAGACCUGUGGCCUCUUUACACACACCAUCUUCUACAACGAGUACCCUGGAGGCUCCAGUGAGCUGGACAAGAUCAUCAAUGGGGGCGAGCUCUUCCUCACUGUGCUCCUCAAUCCUAUCAGCAUCUUCAUGACACACUUAUCCAACUAUGGAAAUGACCGCCUGGGACUAUACACCUUCAAGCACCUGGUGCGCUUCCUGCACUCCUGGACCAACCUGAGGCUGCAGACUCUGCCCCCCGUGCAGCUGGCCCAGAAGUACUUCCAGAUCUUUUCUGAGGAGAAGGACCCGCUUUGGCAGGAUCCCUGUGAGGACAAACGCCACAAGGACAUCUGGUCUAAGGAGAAGACAUGUGACCGCUUCCCAAAGCUUCUUAUCAUUGGCCCCCAGAAAACAGGCACCACGGCCCUCUACCUGUUCCUGGGCAUGCACCCGGACCUCAGCAGCAACUACCCCAGCUCCGAGACCUUUGAGGAGAUCCAGUUUUUUAACGGCCAUAACUAUCACAAAGGCAUCGACUGGUACAUGGAGUUCUUCCCUAUUCCCUCCAAUACCACCUCGGACUUCUACUUUGAGAAAAGUGCCAACUACUUUGAUUCAGAAGUGGCACCACGGCGGGCAGCUGCACUGUUGCCCAAAGCCAAGAUCCUCAGCAUCCUCAUCAAUCCAGCCGACCGGGCUUAUUCCUGGUACCAGCACCAGCGAGCCCAUGAUGACCCAGUGGCCCUAAAGUACACCUUUCAUGAGGUGAUCACUGCUGGCCCUGAUGCAUCCUCAAAGCUGCGUGCCCUCCAGAACCGGUGCCUGGUCCCAGGCUGGUAUGCCACUCAUAUUGAACGCUGGCUCAGCGCCUUUCAUGCCAACCAGAUCUUGGUCUUGGAUGGCAAACUGCUGCGAACAGAACCUGCCAAAGUCAUGGACACAGUGCAGAAAUUCCUCGGGGUGACCAGCACUGUUGACUACCAUAAAACCUUGGCGUUUGAUCCAAAGAAGGGAUUUUGGUGCCAACUGCUUGAAGGAGGAAAAACCAAGUGUCUGGGAAAAAGCAAGGGACGGAAAUAUCCAGAGAUGGACUUGGAUUCCCGAGCCUUCCUCAAGGAUUACUACCGGGACCACAACAUUGAGCUCUCUAAGCUGCUGUAUAAGAUGGGCCAGACACUGCCCACCUGGCUGCGGGAAGACCUCCAGAACACCAGGUAGCCUUGGCCACCACAGCCAGCCAGAACGCUUGUGUUCGCAGGGAUGUCCUGCCUCACACUGAGCCAGACUGACCUGCCGAGAAGGAAGCUGGGCCCAGCCAGCCAAAAGCGACGAGCAAUACUCUGCUGAGGCCCCCAGGGGCCGGAAGCCCAGGCAGGUCUGCAAGCGCCUCAGAGCAUCCACCGCUGGAUGCGUGGCCCGUGGGACCUCUGUGGUACCUGGGGGUCCAUUCCGUUCCUGCGCAGCCUCCUUGCCUGGGGAGAGCACUUCCUGUUGUUGGAAGGUCAUUUCCUGGUAGGAGGAGUCCUGGAGGCUCUCUCCUGUCCCUCACCGUGUCCUACCGUUCCUGUCCUGUCCUUUGUCAUCCCCCCCCCCCCCCCCGCUGCUCCAUCAGGAUGUCCCCUCAGUAUUAGCUGCCAUAGUUCUUCUGUCCUUCGGACAGUAAAGGGGAAGAGCGCAGCUGGGCCUUUCGCCCAACCAGGGAGGACGACUGGGCAUGUCCCUGAGGGUUUUGAGCCAGGCCCUGCCAGGGUUUAGCUAGGCACCCAGAUGCACUCAUUAGACUGAAUGUGAGGGUGGCCAUCUUGAGAGGACAUACGACUCUGUAUUUGGGUUAUUAUCACAUCUCAUCUCCCCUUUGGGAAAAGACUCUCUGGUCCCUAUUGUAUCCACCUAGUGCUCAUGGUCUCUUGUAGGCCCUGGGCCACUGCCAUGCCACUGGGCCCAGAGACGUGGGCCUCGGCCCCGUCCUGCUCACCUGGAUGUGACAUGUGGUGUUUCCUGUGGUAAAGGCUGAGGCGAGUCAGGAGUCUGCCAGUGUUCAUAGUCCCAUGUACAUAGAUUAUUUCACAGCUGCCGCCUCGGCCCAGCAGACAUGGCAGUCAGCAAGCAGUGCUGUCCGCUGCUUUGCCUAGCAACCUGUGGCCGAGGGUCCCCAGAGACCCCCUAACCUCCCAAAUACUAAGAAGCUAAAGUAUUUUAAUAUUUUGUGUUUUUUUUUUUCUUGGUGCCAGAGUUUAUACCCUGGGUGCUGGGGUCGCACUGUGUUUUAUAUAUAUAUAUAUAUAUAUGAAAUGUGUAUAUAUAUAUUAUAUAUUUUUUUUGGUUGGGUUUGUUUUUAAUUCAGUCAUAUACAAUGAUGGCAAGCCCUAGCCUCAAAGAAUGUCGUAUCUUAAUGCUAGAGAGUGAGGUGGAAAGGAAGGUGAGUGUCUGUGAGCACCCAGGCCUCAGGGCAAAGUCUUGAAGGGUCCUUCUUCCCUCUUCUGCAGAGGGACCAGAGAUGCUAAGAUGGAAAGGAAGACCAGCUCUCCCAAAAUAGUAUGGCUUUACAAAGCCUAGUGGCCGUGGGGUGUUUGGGCCACAGGGAAAGGCUGGCCUGGGGUGGGAGACCUGGGGCCCUGAGCUGGCCUCUCCCUCCCCUGUCACAUGGUGCUAGGUUGGGGUCUGCUUUGGAGUAGGGUGCCCACAGGGACCCACAGAACUGUCUCCAGUCCCUGAAGACACAGGGUCUUUGGCUGGUUUCUGUUUGGAUUCUGUUUCUGUCCCCCUUUUAACAAUGUGAAGUGACUGAGGUUGGAUUUCCUCUUCCUGCUACCCCAAGCCCCCACAUCCCUUCAACUGCCAGUCCAGUAUCCACCAGCCAUCCGUUCUGACAUCCUGACCAUGCAAGGGUCCCAAGACGGGCACAAAGUGGGUCCAGGCAUGGGAGGUGGCCUUGGUCAAUGUCACAGAGCUGUUGGAAGCAGUGCCAAGAGCUAAAUUCAGGCCCCUGAUUCUGAGCCCCGUGCUCUUCCAGUACCACACUGCCUCUGAGCCUGCCUUCGGGACCCUACUGUGUUCCAGGUCCCAUCUGUCCCUCAGUCACAUAGCUGUGGUCAUUCCAGGACAUGGGGACAAACCACUCUUUCCCAGCCAGGUGCCUUUGAGCCUUCCCUUCCAAAACCUGCACUUUUCCCGCUGUGUUCUCUUGUUUCCAGAGUCCAUCCAUCUUACUAGCUGGGGUCGUCUUCAUUAUGAGCUAUUCCCUCCUGGAGUUCUCCACUGUGGUGGAGAGUGUGGGAUGCUCAGAGGGACCUGCGUGCAUGGUUUUGGUGUGCAGAGAGCCAUGUCACAUCAUGUUUCUCACUGGGGUCUUGGAACCUGUGGAUCUCAGUCCCUAUGUGAUAUGCUCAAAUGCCCUGUCAAGAAACUAGAACCAGACUCAGGGUUAGGUCAGCAUGCAUGCCCUUAGCCACACUUCCCAUCUGUCAGUGAAGAUGGCUCCUAUAUUCUGAAAGGUACUCUGAGACCCUGUGAGAGCUGAGUUAGAUGGUUGGAGUGGCCUUUAGAUAGCAUGCAGCUCUGUUAGUCUCUGCUUCUGGCCUCCAGUGAAAGCAAGCAGGUUUGAGACCCUGGCAGAGCAGGGGAGUGGUUCUCUCUGGUCCAUUUCCCUCGAAGGCCCUGGAGACUGCUGCUGUGUCCGUUUUAGUGUUGGGCUUAGAGGCUGCCACAAGUUGCAGAUGUGGGGUCUUGGGAAGUAGAUACGUUCAUCUUAGUAUCUCUCAACUACAAUGUCCACUGAUUGACUGGAAACGUUUGGAAAAACACAAAACAAGUUGGAAGGAAAUUACUUCUGUUGUUCAGGCCACACCCUGUCCCUUCUUCAGUCUCUACCAACAGCGUUUGCCUUAUGGGUGCAGCUCACCGGCAGCUGCCUCAUUCAUUCCAGGUUCUAGAGCUUUCUAUGGGGCAGGUACCUCGGCGAGCAUAGGGGAUGAGGACGAAGCUAAAAUGGACCUUUCAAACCUCGAUGUAUGAGCAGUGGGUGCUUGUGAGUCUGCUCAUUUCCAGAGGAGAAGUCCUGGCCUGCCCCACCCUAGAGCCCCCCACCCCCAGGUGUGUGAGUGGCAAGAGCAAUCUCAGAACCGUCUCACCGUUGGGCUGUGACUGCCAGCCACCCUUCAUCUAGACUGAAGGAGGUUAGCAUUUGCCAGUUUGUUUUCUCUCUAUAUACAUGUACGUAUGUUUUAAAAGUAAGUUGCAGUAUCAUGAGACUAUUUAUCCCUAGUGUUGCCCUAAGAGGUAGGGCCUUCUACCAGACCAGCCAGUGCCACAGCCAAGACAGUAGCCCUGUCCCACUAACAGCCAUUGUCUAGUCUGUACCUAAGGUUGUCUCCCAACCCCCAUUAUACCCCAUUAUUUUAGUAUUGGAUCCAGUCAGGGCAAGAACAUUGUAUGUUAUUAAAAAGUUUCUUUGAAAGCUAAAAAGUUUUCCCUCUGCCCAACUCAUUAAAAAAAAAAAAAAAAGUUUGGUUUUUGUUUGUUUGAGACAAGGUCUCAUUAUAUAGCCCUGGCUAGCCUGGAAUUUGUUAUGCAGACCAGGUUAGCCCUGGAACUCAUAGAGAUCCACUUGACUCUCAAAAGCUGAGAUUAAAUGUCUGCACUUACCCGGCCCAGUUCAAAAUGGUAUUUUGUUUGUGUUUUUGAGACAUGGUCUCAUCAUGUAAAUCUGGCUGUCCUGGAAAAUGUUAUGUGAACCAGGCUGGCUUUGAACUCAGAGAUCCAUCUGCCUCUGCCUCCUGAGUUCUGGGAUUAAAUGUGUGUGCCACUUCUCCCAUCCCCCAAAUGGUAUUCUUUUUAAGGCAGAGGGUAUGUCGUCGUCUAGAAGUCCCACAUUCCAGAUCUGAUUGUUUCCUCUUGUAGCUAGCCCACAGGCUUUCAAGGGUCAUUCUCCUUCUUGUGUGGAUGUGGCAUUUCCUCUUGCCUGUAGUGAGCCUCCUUCCACAGCCCCCCAAGUGAGGGCCAAACCAGCUUGGGGGAGGGGAAAGAGCUCCUCCCCAAAGAGGCAACAUCACAUUGGGUAGGGGUUGAGGGCUCUGUGGGGUGGGAUGGUCCUGCUGGACUGACCCUGGAGGGCCAGGCUAGGCACAGCUUAGAGGAGCCCGGCUGCCCCAUGCUAAGCACAGCAUCGGUCUUUCUCCAUCUCUUCCCUUUUCUGUCUGUGUUUUGGUUUCCCUGCUUCUGUUCUGUGGUCCUGGGGUCUUCAUUCUCUAGAUGGUCAGUGUGCACUGGAGCAGGGAUGAGACCUCAAGCUAUGACAGGGAAGGCCUAGGAGAAAGGUGUCCUCUAGGCAGAGGCCUGAGAAGAGCACUGGGUGCAGCAGGCAGUCACGUGAAGGUCUUCCUCCAUAAAUGGAGAUGGAGGCUUCAGCAGGGGGUUUCACAUCCACACAAGAGGCAGCUGUGCUCUGUGUGAUCUGAGGCUAGGAGUCUGCCCCCACCCCUCCCACCCCCAGGCCUUCCAUGCAGUGCUGGGGUUAGGGUUGUCUGGCUGUGGGCUUGAUAUCCUUGCCAGCUCUGAGUAGCCGGGCAAUGACUGAGGGCCAGCGGGAAGGCCAGGGGAGACUCCCUGAAAUGUUUCACCUAAGAAGCUCCCCUCAACCUCUCUCCCUGGCCUGGAGGAGGAUCCCAGAGGAAAGGGUUUUCUAUGACUGAGCUAGCUUUUCUUAUGGGUAAGAGGGCUCUUUUUGUAAUUUGUGCAUGAAAUUCAUGUUAUUUCCUGGGGAGAGAAGAGGGCCAACUGAGUGGGUGGGGGGCACAUGUGGGAAGCAGGCAGAGGUUUCCUUCCCUGGAGGGGUGGGGAGGGCUCACAGAGGGCAUGCUACCUAGCUCACUGAAGAGGGCUCUUGAACCAGCCGUUUUGGGUUGUGUUAAAUGUGGGAACUUUCCUCCAUUAAUGUACAAUCUUGAACUAACUGCUAAUAAAAUGGGAUUCUGUUUGUA